UUCCUUAAGUUUGUUUGAUGGCUACAGCAAUUAUUUCUCAAUCCCAAGAAUUCCAUCCAUCGCUCCACCUAUUAUUUUUAUUAUGACGUAGGUAGUUUUCUUAUUUUCGCAUUCCGUAUGAUUCAUCGUUGCCUACAAGACCAGGCGAGGAACAAGCCGGUUCAUUCGGUCUCGGAACAAUGAUCGUCCGCUUGAUGCUUGUGCUUCUUACCUUGGCCAUCCAAACGUGGUCAAUGGAUCGGUGUGCGUUGGUGAAUAAACUGAGGGAGGCCAAUCUGACGGUGAAAGGCUACACCGUGGAAGACUACACAUGUAUGGCGUACUACAUGAGUCGAUACGAUACAUCACUUCACGUGAGCCGCUCGGAGUACGGUGUCUUCCAGAUCAACAGCUACUGGUGGUGCUACGAUGGGGAGACCCCGGGACGCAAGAACUUGUGUGGAUUAGAUUGUACAAAAUUAUUGGACGCUGAUAUUGAAGACGAUAUUAAAUGCCUCGAACGGAUUGUGUCGGACCCCAAUGGAUUGUCAGCUUGGAGCGAUUGGGGAAAAAACUGUGAAGGAAAAGAUUUAAGUAAUUUUACAGCUGGAUGCUGAUGACCGAAUAUAACGCAAUGAUAUAUUAAAUAAUUAAAUAAAUAAUCUAACCGUACUAAGAGGAGCGGA